AUGAGUAACAGGCUGUGGACGUAUUUUAUACAAGAUGACUUGGAACAGUUCAAGCGGUUCCUGGCGAACGCGACGUUUGUGGGCCCGCGGGCUGCAGGAAGUACCGGAGGGUUAUCCAGUACUGCGACGAUUUUGUCAUCGAAAACCGGGAGCCCCGGGACCAUGAUCGUCUCAUCCCCGAAUACGCCGAGAAGCAAGAAGAACCCCGGAUCAUCACCUGCAACGCCCGUACCUGACCGAUCGGCUCCGCGCAAGGUCUCGACUCUGACACGCGCCGAUGUCAAUGCCCGGGAUAGUCAUGGCCGUACACUGCUUCACCAUGUCGCUUCUUCGUCGAAACCCACCGCUCCUGAAUUUGCGCGCGCCUUGUUGCAAAUACCAUUCAUUGAUAUUUAUGUGCAAGAUCUGGAGAGUGGAUGGACAGCUCUGCAUCGGGCUCUUUAUGCAGGCAAUGCUACAAUUGCCUUGGAGCUCAUGGCGCGUGACACCCAAGAUACGAUGGAAUUCAGCAAAGUCGGAAAUCCCAGCCACCCCGGCGGUGGGCUGAUCAAAACCAAGGAUUUGGAGGGCUACAGUCCGUUUGACCUCUUCGGGUCGACCAUUCGACUCGGCAACCUUCCGCGCUUUUCCGCACACCAUCCGCCAUUGAUUGGCGCUUCUCGCGAUAGUGAUGCAUGGCCCGAUAUCAGUUCAGAUGGGGAAGAGGAAAAUGUCGGGAAUCCCCCGGGGCACACCGGGGGUACCAUGGGUAUCUUCGCUGAUGAGGUUUUCACUCUUGGAAGCAACAAAAAUCUGAAUCUUGGUCUCGGGGAUCAGGAUGACAGGCAAUUUCCCGAGCGAAUCUCCCUGAAGCGCCCUGAUCAUCUUUUACGUCGGUUUUAUUGCGAAUACCGCCAGAGGUUGCACGAUCGAGGGCUCGCAGAAACCAUCCCAAGCAGCAAGUCAUCCACAUUCCCCGCGUUGAUUUCAAACAAGCCAAUGGUACUCAUGGAUAUUGUCAUGUCCAAACUGCACACCGCUAUCAUAACUUCUGAUCCCGAGGCUAAUCUGUUCAUGUGUGGGUAUGGACCUGGAGGACGCCUUGGGACAGGAGACGAGUCGACCCGGUUUACUUUUGCUUGCAUUGAAUCGGGUGGACUGGAGGGAAGGAGAGUUGUGUCGGCUGCCCUGGGCCAAGAUCACAGCUUGGCGAUCACCGAGCAUGGUGAAAUCUUCAGUUGGGGAAGCAACAAGUUCGGACAACUUGGAUACAGCCUACCCAGAUCCAGUAAUAAUAAUGAUGUCCCCAUUCAGGUGACACCUCGCCAAAUCUUCAACCCUUUCAAGAAGGAAACCAUCCUAGGCGCAGCGGCAUCAUCGAUCCAUUCGGUGGUCUUUAGUACGUCCGGUCUUUACACGUUCGGCAAGAACGAGGGUCAACUUGGCCUGGUCGAUUCUGAUGCUCGCUCUCUUGACGUCCAAACGACACCACGACGCGUUGGCGCAUCUCUCUUCAAUUCCCCAAUCAGCAUGGUGUCCGCCAUUGAUCGUGCUACGUCUGUGCUCCUGCAAAACCACGAGGUCUGGGUCUUCGCGUCAUAUGGCUAUUCGAAGCUUUCCCUCCCUCUGGAGGUAACCUCGAGUUUUAUCAGGGAUAGCUUCAUGACCACCAGUUACGACACAUCCUCCAAUCGUGUCGUCAAAAUCACAUCCGGGGGCAACACAAUCUGUGCAUUAUCCAGCUCUGGUGAUGUGUUCACCGUUCAAGUCAACCAGUCUGCUAGUCCUUCGGCUUUAUCAUCCACAACUAAUCCCGCAAAGAUUAGAAACUCUUUGGCCGUUCCUGUUCGAGCCUGGACCGUCAAGAAACCCCACAUGGCAGCGAGCGACGUUGAUGUUGGACAAGAUGGUUCAAUCAUCAUCUGUACCAAAUCUGGUUCUGCGUGGAGAAAAGAACGGCGGACAAAGAACAAAAAGGGAGCCUUGAAAGACUUCAAAUUUGCUCGCAUACCUGGCCUCUCGCGGGCAGUGGCAGUGCGCAGCAAUGCCUUUGGCGCCUACGCCGUCGCUCAGCGUGACUGUGAAGUGACGAGACACAUCUCGAGCGACCCCGGCCGCCUGUGGGCUGAUCUAUCACCGUUGGCUCCGUUUUCAGUUCCCAGCCCGGAUCCCUCGGACUCAAAUCUCAAUAUGGAAAAUCCAAUCCCAUUCUCGAUAUUAACGUUAGGGAAUGCCCGGAGAGUCAUACAACCCUCCGGCGAUAUCGAUAGCCAUUGGCUUCCUCCAUGGACAGAGGGAACUAUUUGGGUGACUACCUCUCUGUCUGAUUUCCGCCUUCCGGUCCACGAAUUUAUCCUGGCUGGUCGCAGCCUGGUCUUGAGUAAAGCUUUAGACGAAUUUCAUGCGUCAUAUCAUUCUUCCGUUUCAGGUGCCUUCGACAUCGAAUACGGCAACGACGGACAUCCUCAGAUCACCCUCCAAGAGGUUGAUCCCAUGACCGUCCUAUUUGUGGUAUUAUUCCUUUACACGGACAUCCACUUGACAUACAUCUUGGAUGGAUAUGGGAACCUCCGUGCGAAGGUCCGCGCUGAAGUCAUGCGCGUUGCCCCGCAGCUCGGCCUGCCAACACUGGAGCGCGCAGCACGACUAAAGGUCACGCCUAAACCAAGUUUGACACUUGAUCUGGCUCAUGCUAUUAAUCGCCCGUCCUUCUAUGACGACGGAGACUUGCUUUUGCAGCUCAAAGACGAUACGAUCAGGGUACACAGCCCGAUUGUGUGCGCGAGAUGCCCGUUCUUUGACACCCUUUACCAUGGCAACGCAGGUGGAAGGUGGCUAGAACUACGCGAAUCAAAUCCAACCCAGAGGGUGCUUGUCAACCUAAAGCACAUCGGUCGCUCGACAUUUGAUUUUGUCCGGCGUUACCUGUAUGCUGACACGGAUGAACAUUUGUUUGACGAAGUCCGGACCAAUGACCUGGAUGACUUCAUUGACUUGGUUUUGGACGUGAUGUUCGUGGCCGAUGAGCUGAUGAUCGACCGACUAUGCCAAGUGUGCCAAUCUGUGCUCGGUCGUUUUGUCACGACGCGCAACGUGUGCUACCUCCUCAAUUCUGUUGCUCCUUGCCAUGUCUCGUUGCUCAAGUCUGCCGCACUUGAAUAUAUUUGUCUUAAUCUCGAGGCGAUGCUUGCGAAUGGCUACCUGAACGACUUGGAUCCUGUUUUGCUCGGGGAGUUGGACAUGGUCUGCCGGGAGAAACAGCUAUCUUUCUGCCCCGUCUCCCGUCGUGUCAAUUCUGAGGAUUGGUUCCUUCAAAGAUACCCCGAGAUUGUCAGUACAGUGGAAGCCGACAAACAACGAAGGGUCGAUGACAUGGUUUUGCCGUCUCGCAUUCCCCUUGAGCCUUCUUCUGCGCGGAAGCCAAAGAGCAUUGCUGGUAGAAGCGCAAUGUUGAACGCGAGCCAGUCGACUGGUGAUCUCAUGUUUCAAAUGGACGAGGAGGCUCCUAUGUCGCCUAGUGGCUCGAAAGGCGAGGGUGCCACGCGCGGGCUUAGGUUCACCGAAGGCCUCACUGAAAGUGGAUCAUGUCCCGAUACCCCAGAGUCAGCUUCAUUGGGCUAUCGUAGUUUCUUAGAUAGUCAGAUGUCUCCACCACAAGGCUCGCUCUUGGCGCAGUCCCCAUCUGAGACCAGGGCAAACGCUCUCAGCCAGAAGUCCGCUUUGACGCCAUCAUCUGAUCCUUCAUCGGCACCAUGGGCAUCACCGAAGAUAUCGAGUUCCAAGAAGGAUCUCAAAGACAUAAUGGGGGAAGCAUCUCAGUCCAAGGUUUCAAACCUCACGCUGGGGAUGGCAGAUCGUCGCGACAGCAGCGGCAGUUUUGUACCAAAGAUCUCACAGAAGGAGCGAAAGAGACUCCAGCAGCAACGAAUGCAAGAGCAGCUGGCUGCUCAGAAGAAGGCGAAAGACGCACCGCAGAAUCCCUGGCAGAAGCCAGCGAGCUCUUCUCCCGCAUCGCGCCCUUCGACCGAUCCUCUGCCAGGCCAGAGCCCCCAGACUUCUGUACCUGCUUCGUCGUCCCCGCGGUCUAUGACUAUGCGCCAGACUGUAGCCGGCGCUCCCCCACCAAAGUCGAAGCCUGUGGUAGCACCUGGGCAAACGCAGCACCACAGUGUAUCGGGCAAGCCGCAAUCGUCUCACCCGAAACCUCCUACCCCAGGACCUUCGACAGCAACCCCAAACCUUCAUCCGACACCACCCCAGCCAGCAAUCCAGUCAAUCCGUCACAUUCCACGCCCGGAACCUACGCAAUCGUACUCUCCAUCUUCGGGCUCUUACUCUCUGUCCACUAUCUUGCUCCAGCAACAGACUGAAAAGGAAGCGAUCCGCGAAGCAGCCUCGGCGAAGCAUAAAAUGCAAGAGAUCCAGGCCGAGCAGGAGUUCCAGCAAUGGUGGGAGCAGGAAAGCAAGCGCGUGCAAGGAUUGAUAGACCCCGAGCCAGCGGAAGCUCGCUCUGGAAAGAGCGCACGAGGCGGCAAGGCUGGCGCUGCGAAUGGGCAGCGCAAGCGUCGAGGCAACAAGAGUGCCGGUGAUGGCGCUGCUCCCCAAGAGCAGAAACGUGCUUCGACUUCCACUCUUAGUGGAACCCCGAAGGCAAACCAGAAGCGCCAGAAGGGCCAAAGUCAACCUGCGGCAGAGCCAUCGAAUGCUUCUAAGGGAAAUAAUGCUGGAGAUGAUGGGAAUGCCAAUGCUCGCCGCGGAGGUGGGACUUCGGGACGUAGCAGCAGAAGGGACAAGCCAGAGCGGUGA